AUGAAUAAUAGUGAACGUAUUAAAGUUCCCACCAAUUCUAUUGGCCUUAUCAAAGGUAAAAAAGGGGCCAAUCUCAAUGACAUUCAAAGACGUUCCAACGCCAAAUGUAAGAUAAAAGAAAAUUAUAUCAUUGUGACUGGCUCGAAUGAUGCCCGUCGCAUCGCAAUUAACUUAAUCAAAGAUUGUGUCUAUAAUUCCAUCAUCGUUUACGGUCAUCCCAUUGAAGCGAUUAUUGCAUUACGACCGCCUUUGGUCGGACUAAAGAAUGUAUUGUUCGUAAAGUAUAAAGGAAAUGUGGAUAUGAAUAAUGUCAAUAAGGCAUUUUUUGUUUUGGAUGAAGAAGAGAAGAAGAGACAUGAACAACUUGAUAAUCUCACUUUGCGCAUGAUUAAUUUAAACAUCGAGAAAAUUAGUCGUAUCAUCGCCCCGGAAAAAGAUGAAACCUUGAUAGACCAUAUUACCGAGAGGCUCAUUGAACUUGUCUUAAAUAAUAAAACUCACGUCUUCAGACUCAAGGCAAAUAUUGGAAAGCAACUCUUUUAUCCUGCAACCAAGGAUAAAUUGCUGCUACCAUCUUCGGUUCAACUUGCCCGUCUCCUUAAAUACGAGAUUGGUUAUCAACGCGACGUCAAGGUUGUAUUCAUGAAUUAUAUCUCUUUUGACAUUGCAAAAGAAAUCGAAAGUCGUCUCGGUAAAUUAGGAUACAAGGAAGAUAAUGAGAAGAUCGUUCAAAGAGCUUCGAUUCACUUAAUUGAUGUCAAUGCGGAGAAACGCUUCACCAUCUCCACCGAUAUCACAUCAGAAGGAAAACUUAGGCUUCGUAAAUAUAGCGUUGACAACAUGAAGCAUCUCUUCUUAUCUUUUACUAGAUCGAAAUCAGAUUUGGACUUUCGGUUCAGAAUCCUUUCCCGAGAGCCACCCAUAACAAACGUACCUCUCAAACUUAAAAAUUUAAUCAACAAAGCUACCUAUGAUUUCAAUACUAUGACUUUUAAUUUGACGGAUACUACCGAUUACCUCUUCACGGUUAUCCGUGUAAAGGUCAAGCGCAGGUUUUUUAAAAGCAAGGGUGAACUUUCUAAUAAUGGACUAAAGGUGAUCAUUUCGGAAAUACAAGAGAUGGGAAAGAAAGAUGUGCAGGUGUCUGUGACUAGUGAUGCAUUGCAAGAGAAUUUGGAAAAAAUCAAGAAAGAUUCAUGUAACAAGGAAGUGGGAAAAUUUGUAAAUGAAAUGUAUAGGAUCGUAGAUGGAUUGCAUUACAAUGUCACUGGUUAA